UAUCAACAAUUAGUAACAAUUCUAACAGUGUAAGUCAUUCAAGAGUGUGUAAUAGCAAAAAUACACAUUGAAUUCGAAAAAAGAACAAUUAAUUUACAUUAUUCGACAUGUCUAAGGCUCUCAAAGUGUGGUCUAAGUUCUCAGUGACGAAGAAAGAUGGCAGUGUUCUCAAUUUACGGACAGUGGAAGUACCUUUGGAUGCAAGUGUAAUGAAAACUGUUCUACAAUGUUAUCUUCAGUAUUUUGUGGUAGAAGAAAAUACCUUUAUUGCUGCAAAGGUACCAGAAAGUGAUGAAGCGAUGGAAGAAAUAACAGAAUUUGUACUGAAUAGUGCGGGUGAAGAGAAACCACAAGUUAUUGUUUGUUGUUACGAUAACGAUGAUGAUGAGAACAUUGAAGUUAUAGGGUCAUCUAUAAUGACGUUAGUAAGAAAAAGUGACCCACCACCAGAGCUGGAUUUCAAAACGAAAGAAAUGCAGAAACUCAUGGAGAUAGUGGAUGGCUUAGCUGAAAUUUACGAUGAAGUAAAAGUAUUUGACUUAGACCCCUGCUUUAGUGAUAGGGGGCUCUUUGUAUGUCCUGAUUACAGAGGCCUAGGUAUAGCACAGGAACUUCUUAAAGUCAGACGUCUAAUUUGCAAGGAGUACGGUAUACCUGUCAAUGGCGCCUGGAUGACGUCAUACGGUACACAGAAGGCUGCGGAGCGUGAUGGCUGGGAGACUGUCUGCGAGCUCCAGUAUGAAGACUUAGAUAAAAAGUUCAACGUUACCUACUCGAGAAACCCACCUUCCACUAAAUUUAUGAUCGCUAGAAUACCACUUUAAAUAUCUUUGUUUGUCUACUUGAUUACAAAAUCCAUUAUUUUCCUCAAUAUAUUCAUUGAAAUACAUACAACACUUGUAAUUGUAAGUAAAUUAUUUAAAUUGC